AUGCGCCUUAGGAUGUGGGUGGCGCCGAUUUCGGUCCCAUGCGUCCGCUCUCUGUCGCCGGCGUCGUCGCCAUCGCUUCCGCAGCUCGUCGCGUUCGCGACCCCAGCCCGUCGCCUUCGAUCCGCCCGUCGCCUUCACUUCCCCCCCGUCGCCCCUACUCCCCCCCCUCCCCCCGCUCCGUUGCCUUCAUUUCCCCCUCCCGUCGCCUUCACUUCCCCCUCUCGUCGCCUUCACUUCUCCCCCUCCCGUCGCCUUCACUUCCCCCCCGGAGUGUUCGCCUUCACUUCCCCCCCUCCCGUCGCCUUCACUUCCCCCCCUCCCGUCGCCUUCACUUCCCCCCCUCCCGUCGCCUUCUCUUCCCCCCCUCCCGUCGCCUUCUCUUCCCCUUCCCGUCGCCUUCACUUCCCCUUCCUGUCGCCUUCACUUUCCCUUCCCGUCGCCUUCACUUCCCCUUCCCGUCGCCUUCUCUUCCCCUUCCCGUCGCCUUCUCUUCCCCUUCCCGUCGCCUUCUCUUCCCCUUCCCGUCGCCUUCUCUUCCCCUUCCCGUCGCCUUCUCUUCCCCUUCCCGUCGCCUUCUCUUCCCCCUCCCGUCGCCUUCAAUUCUCCCUUCCGUCUGCUUCAAUUCCCCCUUCCGUCGCCUUCACUUCUCCCCCCCGAUGCCUUCAAUUCCCCCUCCGGUCGCCUUCCCCGCAUGCCGCACUCGCUUUCCCGCCCUUCACACUUGCUUCCCCACCCGUCGCCUUCACUUCCCCUUCCAUUGCCUUUCGCUCUCUCCUGCUCACUCUCCCUGCUCACUCUCUUUCCCACUGCUCACUCUCUUCCCCCCUGCCCACUCUUUUCCCCACCCUUCACUCUCUCCUCUCCUGUUCACCCCCUGUUCUCACCCCUCUUCCCCCCUUCACUCAACCGUUCCCCCCUGCUCAACCUCUUUCCCUCUGCUCACUCUCUUCCCCCCUGCUCUCUCUCUUUAACCCGGCUCACACUCUCCCCCCCCCCCCCUCCCCCCACUCUCUUUCCCCCUGCUCACUCGCUUCCCCCCUCCUCAAUCUCUUUCCCCUGCUCAUUCUCUUUCCCUCUGCUCACUCCCCUUGUGCUCACCCCACUUUCCCCAUUUCUCACCCCUCUGCUAUCCCCUGUUUUCCCGGCUCACUCCUAUACUCACUCUCUCCUCCCCUGCUCACUCACUUCCCCCCUGCUCACUCUCUUUCCCCUUGCUUACUCUCUUCCCCCCCUACUCACCUUCUUUCCCCCUGUUCUCACCCCUCUUUCCCCCUUUCUCACCCAUUUCCCCCCUGCUCGGACCAUGGGUCCCAACAGGAGUGGGUUGAAAAGUGA